UUAGCCCCAAGCAUUGCAAAAUCAGAUCUCUCUAUCUCUCUCUCUCUCCCCAGAAAGCUCAAGCUGGUUACUUCCGAAAGCAAAAGCAAAGAGAUUAGAGAAUAAAGCAAUGGCAGACAAACCAAGCCGAGCUCUGGUUGUGUACGGAGACGGGUUGGCCCGUUUCGUCGACCCAUCGCAUACCCAUCUCCAUUCUCUCGCUUCCAAAGCCUCCUGCGGUUUUUUGAGCCUUCCCAAUGCUCCUUUAUCAGAAAGCGAGGAUGAGAGAAUAGUUAGGGAAUUUGCAUUACUGUUAGAUUCUUGGGAAGCUUAUCUCAAUUGGAAGGGGGAUACCACUAAUGAUGAAUGUCAAAACAAGUCCUUGAUUCCAACCAUAUCAGAAAGUUUCAUGGGAAUGAAAGCUGCUGUAAUCACUAAUAAUUCAAGUUUGGAAUCUUUUGGUACAAAGCUUGGCUUCACGGUGUUGGAGUCGAAAGAUUUUACUAAAAACGCAGAGAAUUCUUUCAUGGCUUCUGAGCUGCUAAAGCUGCUUGGGUUUCAAGAAGGGAAGACUCUAGACAUAAGCCAAUUUGAUUUAGUUUUUGUACAUAUUGGGCCUGGUGAGAAAGAGGACAAGACUGUUGCCAAUGCUUUGGAGUAUGUCAAUUCUUUGGUGGGAGAAAUACUGAACUUGGCCGAACCCGGAUCCGAUGUAGGCUCACGCCUACACUUCUCUGUUGUUAUGAGCUAUGGGAGUGUCUCCGAGGAUGAUGAUUGUUUGAAAACAUCGGUUCUAAUUUCAGAAACGGAGAAAGACGCCAAUCUUUCAUCGUUGUUUCCUCGUCAAAGUUACACCAUGAGAGGAGAGAAUCAAAGGAAGGACGUUAGGCAUUAUUGUCCAAUGCUAAUUGCUCAAUGGCAAUAUGCCGUGACCCGCAAGGAUACAGCAGAGACAUUUUCUUUUGAAGAUUUCAAGGAGUACGGGGGAAAUCUUAUAAUACCAGCGGAUAGGUUUCUGCAUGAGGUAGCCUUCAAGCUUUGGAAAGCACCCAAGUAUGGAGCAUGAGAGGGUAUUUUUUUGACGAGUUUACGUAUAUACAAUAAUGAUGAGCCCUUUUCUCUAGUAUGAGAAAGGAAGAAAAAACCGACUAUAGAGCUAGUUCUAAUGAGAAUUUUUAAGAGUUGUCUCAUAAACUUUGUUGAACUGCCAAUCACUAAUAACUUUGUUGACGACUCUGUUUAUAAAAGUUCUUUAGCAUUCUAGAAAGGGGUUCAAACGAUCCACAACGGUGCAAGUCUGUAAGAUUAUUAAUGAAAACUAGAAACAAUAGAGAACAGAGAG